CAGUUCUAAGUGUGACUUCAACAACUCGCCUUCUUCCAACUACUCUACCGUCAUCAAAAUGGCCUCCAAGCUUUCGCUGAUCGCCGUUGGACUGCUGCUGCUGAAUGUCAGCGUCAACGCCCAGCAGUCGGGCCGUCGGUCGCAGGAUCGUCAGAACCAGCUGCGGUCUUACGAUGACUCCACGUGGGCCUCCCGAAACUACAACGUGCAGUACAACGAGCAGCAGCAGCAGCAGCAGCAACAGCAGCAGCAAAGGUACGCUGGCCGCAACCAGGAUCAGGACCUUCAGGACCGCCGUAACUCCGACUACGACACCGACGACUACAGCUACGGAUACGCCGUGCGGGAUGAGCUUUCGGGUGACGUCAAGAGCCAGCAGGAGGUGCGCCACGGAGACCGGGUGCGUGGCCAAUACCGCACUCUCGAGUCGGACGGCACGGAGCGCAUCGUUGACUACACGGCUGAUGAUUUCCGUGGCUUCAACGCCGUCGUUCGCCAUCAGCCAUCGGUUGGUUCGCGGGCCCAGCUUGUCCACACGAUCCAGCCAGCUGUUCUGCUGCGCCAGCCAUCCGUCGGUCAGCUGGUCUCGGGUGGACACCGCACUGCCACUCUUCUCACUAGCUCCCAGCAGCCGACGACCGUUCUGCUGCGCAACUAACGAACAACCUGACGAUCUGGCUAAGGAACUCUCGCGUGCCAUUGCCGGUGAACGUGGACAUGGUUUUGAUUGAAUAAAGUGCCCCCCCGCAUCA